CCUCUGUUGUUACCUGUUGUCCUUAUCCCCAUUCUCUUGCAGGGGCUGUCCUUUCUCUGUGGUGUCUGUUUGUGUGAUGUUAGUGCCCUCCAUCCCCAUUUCUGCCCCCCUGUCCAGCCCACUGACAAAUUAAUACAUAAUUAAAUACAGAAAAUAAUCAAGAAGACAAAGGAGUAUAUUAAAAACUCUCUUUUUAAAGCAAAAUCUAUCUGGCACAACAUGGUAUUUAGCUUCUCAUACUGUACACCAGGCUGCUGGGCGGGACAGGUAAAAAAAAACACAAACCCAGGUGUGGGAGAAAUUCAGGGAGGAAGGGGAAUUAGGGAGCUUGUCUCAGGCUGUGAUCAGCAGAACUGCUGACCCUGUCAGGGAAAGACUACCCAACAUGGAAAGUUGUCAUACUCAGCCACGUGUUUGAGGGGGAGGAGCUAAAUACUUACCUGUGUUGGAUUGACAAAGCAAAUUCAUUUGUCAGUGGUGUCAGUUUGAGUGAAGACAACCUACGAACAUGUGGACUACAGCAGAAGACAGCUGUGGAGGAAGUGUUGCUAAAGACAGCAGAACAACAACAGACAGGGCUGCAUGCACGGAGAAUCUAACACAGAUCGAUGCCUUCAUCAGAAGCUCUUUAUCUUUGGAUCCUGCAGAGGAGUACAAGAUGAACAACAAACGACGAGGCCUUGCACUCAUCUUUAACCAGGAGCACUUCUUCUGGCGCCUGGGGUUACCUGAAAGAGAUGGAACCAAUGCUGACCGCUACAACUUGGAGAAAAGACUGAAUGAGCUUAACUUCGAAGUGAAGGCUUAUGAUAACUACAAACAGGUGGAAGUCUUAGAUAAAAUCAGUGAAGCCGCAGAGGCGGACCAUUCAGACUCAGACUGCUUUUUGCUCGUCUUCCUGAGCCACGGCGAGAAUGAUCACGUCUACGCCUACGAUGACAAGAUCAGCAUUCAGGAUAUCACAUCCCUGUUCAAAGGAAACAAGUGUAGGAGCCUUGUGGGAAAGCCAAAGAUCUUCAUAUUACAGGCGUGCCGCGGAGACAAACAUGAUGAUCCAGUGACUGCCUGUGAUGCCGUGGACAGUGAGUUGAAGACAAAUGAGGUGGUGGUUGACGCUAGCGCCGUACACACCCUCCCUGCUGGGGCCGAUUUCAUCAUGUGCUACUCUGUGGCUGAAGGUUACUAUUCCCACCGGGAGACCGUCAACGGCUCCUGGUAUGUCCAGGAUCUGUGCGAGCUGCUUAAAAUGUAUGGGGACUCCCUUGAAUUCACAGAAUUACUCACACUGGUCAACAGGAAAGUGUCGAUGAGGAGUGUUGGGAACUGCAGGGACCGGAAUGCCAUUGGGAAGAAGCAAGUACCUUGCUUUGCUUCAAUGCUCACCAAGAAGCUCUACUUCCGACCAAUAAAGUAACAGUUUCAGACCUGAGUCAUGAAAUGAGCUGGUUUUCUUGACUGUAACAUAAGUUGCCUGUCUACAACCCAAACAAACUCUUUACAAUUUAUUGUACCUUGCUAAUGAUUCUGUUCACAUCAGAGUUUAAUACUUAAUUAUCUCUCUGUAUCUCCUUAUUAGCACCAAUGAUAUAUAUAAUGAUAAUGAAUAUCUC